CUUAAGCCGAGUGAAACCCUAGAAGUAUAUGCGUCACUAUAAAUUACACCGGAAACCCUAAAACCAUAACUCCAGAUAUCUCUUCAAGACGUCAACAAUGUCGAAGCGAGGGCGUGGAGGUACCUCUGGUAACAAAUUCAGGAUGUCACUCGGUCUUCCAGUGGCGGCGACGGUUAACUGCGCCGACAACACCGGUGCUAAGAACCUGUACAUCAUUUCCGUGAAGGGUAUCAAAGGUCGUCUCAACCGUUUGCCUUCUGCUUGUGUGGGUGACAUGGUGAUGGCCACCGUCAAAAAGGGUAAGCCCGAUCUCCGUAAAAAGGUGCUUCCUGCCGUGAUUGUUAGGCAACGCAAACCAUGGCGCCGAAAGGAUGGUGUUUUCAUGUACUUCGAAGAUAAUGCUGGAGUCAUCGUCAACCCCAAGGGAGAAAUGAAAGGGUCUGCAAUCACUGGUCCUAUCGGGAAAGAGUGUGCUGAUCUCUGGCCAAGGAUCGCUAGUGCUGCCAAUGCCAUUGUCUGAAGAUUAGAUCAGUCAGUUGCUUGCAUUUGAUGAUCUGUCUAAAUACAAAUUUGAGAAUUUUGGUAGCAAUAUAUUUUUAUUUCCUGACGAUAUGUAUUGACUUUGAAAUGUUUGGUUAUUUAGACAUUUUUCCUCA